UUUCCAGCGCCGAGUUUGAGCAAGAAAUCAGUCGUCAGCUAGUAGCCCAGGUGUGAGUUACACACAUCGUGAGUACAGAGCGCGUUGCGUGUAUUUUAAGCCGAAACAGAGAACCACUUCAAACAGUUCCCAACGUUAAAUUCUACGCAGCGAGUGUUAAGCAAACCCAAAAAUAAAAUUCAACAAAAUUUAAACAGACAGAGACUGAUCCACACAGAUCGCAUAGUGCUAAAAAAAGUGUUGUGAAAAUACAAACUAAAAUCUUAAGAAACUGCCACGUGCAAUUAAAAAGUCAUCAGCUAUAAAACACACGACUUCUAUACGCAAAAACCCUAACAGAAGAACCCAAGAUGAAUCAGACGUGCAAAGUGUGCGGUGAGCCAGCGGCGGGCUUUCAUUUUGGCGCCUUUACAUGCGAGGGCUGCAAGUCAUUCUUUGGACGCUCGUACAACAACAUAAGCACCAUUAGCGAGUGCAAGAACGAUGGCAAAUGCAUCAUUGAUAAGAAGAACCGGACCACGUGCAAAGCCUGCCGUUUGCGCAAGUGCUACAAUGUUGGCAUGUCCAAGGGCGGCUCGCGUUAUGGACGUCGCUCCAACUGGUUCAAGAUACACUGUCUUCUGCAGGAGCACGAACAGGCAGCCGCUGCAGCAGCUGGGAAGGCGCCGGGUCAUGGCACCGGCUCGCCAAUGAGCUCACCCGGAUUUGGUGACUUGGCCGCGCAUCUGCAGCAACAGCAGCAGCAGCAUCAACAGCAGCAACAACAACAGCAUCAGCAUCAACAGCAACAGCAGCGUCAUCCACAUCUGCCGCCGCUGCUUGGCUAUACCGGCUACCAUUUGCCGGAGCACUUUGGUGCACGCCAUCCGGCUGAUGCAGCCGCUGCCGCCGCCGCAUUGCCCUUCUUCAGCAUGAUGGCCACACCACAGUCGGCAUUCCAGCUGCCGCCGCACUUGCUAUUCCCGGGCUAUCAUGCCAGCGCUGCUGCGGCUGCUGCUGCGGAUGCUGCCUAUCGCCAGGAGAUGUACAAGCAUCGCCAGAGCGUGGACUCCGCUGCCUCGGCCGAGUCGCACAGCCGCUACACGCCGCCAACUGUGGCAACAGUGGCUCAGCCGUCACAGCCACAGCCAGCGGCAUCGCCCAUUGACGUCUGCCUGGGCGCUGACGAUGAUGUGCAGUCACAGCAUAGCCACAGUAACAGUCACAGUCACAGCCAGAGUCAGAGUCCACACACCAUACACACACCAGUUGCCAUACGCGCCACACCGCCGCAGCAGCUGCUGCCUGGUUUGACGACCGCCUCGCACUCCAGCUCCGCCUCGCCCACACCCAUCAAAUCGGAGAGCAGCAGCCCAUUGAGCUUUACGGCCAAAAUGCAAUCACUUUCACCUGUCUCCGUGUGCUCCAUUGGCGGAGAAACAGCAGCAGCCAAUUCAGCGGCCUCGGCAGCCGCUGCCGCACAAGAUGGACCCAUGGAUCUGAGCAUGAAAACGUCGCGCAGUUCGGUGCACAGUUUCAAUGACAGCGACGUGUGCAGCCUGCAGGAUGAGCAUGAGUUGGCGCCGCGUCGCAAAUACUAUCAGCUGGAGGCCGAAUGCACCACCAUUACCAACACCACCAACAGCUGCAGCAGCAGCAGCACCAGCAGCAGCACCAGCUCCACAUCCUCCACAGAGGCAGCCGUUGCCGUCAAGCGGCAAAAGCUCAACCCCAUUGGCGGUGAGUCGCCGCCGUUUGGCGGUUUCGCUGUGACCCACAAUGCGUCCAGCGCCAUGCGCAGCAUCUUUGUGUGUGUCUAGUGUGGUUGUGGGUGGAGCCAAAAGGCAAUCAACUCAUUUGCCUCGUCGUCGUCGUCUGCGUCGUUGUUGUUGUUGUUAUUUUUUCUCCGUUUAGUGUUGUUGGUAUAUAUAUUUUUUUUGUAUUUUUAUCUUUUCGUGUGCGGUUUGAAUUCGAUUUGCGCCGUCGAAAUUGAAAUUUUUAUGGACAGGUUUGAGAGCUGCGCCUGCGCUUAGAGAGUUGAAAAGAGACAGCUAUUGCUGCAGCAAACAAACACACACACACACACAAACACACACACUAUUGAGCUCAAAUCCAAAAAUUAUUUUUACAAAAGAAAAUGAAAAAAGUUUUAAAGUUUUUGUUUAAUAGUCGCUAAUUGUAUAUAUGUUUUUUAAUAUUAAAUUUAACUAAAUGCGAAUUGUAUUUUAUAGAAACAACAUGUAAGCCCUAAACCCAAUCCAAUCACAAAAAAAAACUACAAAAAAAAAAACUACAAAAAACAAAAACAUGUAAGCAAAACCCAACCCACCAAAAA